AUGGCUAAUCAGGUCUGGAAUACCCACUUCUCAAGUGCCCUUGCGUUUUGCCCCGGGCGCUUAAAAAAAAACAAAAACUCUAGUCAAACAACACCCUUUAUUUUUGGUUUUUCAACCACAAAAACAAAAAAAAGGACAGAUCAUUUUACACGAACAAUAAUCACAUUGGACGAGUUAAAACAAAGCACGUGGCAGCUGCACAUUCGCGCAUAUGCAGGGACUCAAAGAAGAAAAGGAAGAUUGAAGGUGAAAGAAGAAGAAAAAACAAGCAAUUUUGGACGUUACUUGGCUUUACUUGAGAUCGCCGAGAAACUAUUUCCAAACGUAAACACUCAAAUUUUUCAAUUCCUCAUAUUUCCUUUACAUUUUGAUCUUUUGUCUCCCCUGUCUCUGUCAAUCCUCCGGAGUUAUGGCCUGCCACGUGGUGCGCUCAGGGUUCACGAUUUUUACGUUUUUCGUCUAGUCUCGAUGACCUCCCCCCCCCUGGCUUUCCCUUUCAUUGGCCGCUGCACCGCCCAUCGCUCUUUGCUUUUCUUUUCUUUUCUUUUCUUUUAUUUUUUAUUUUCCGGCUAA